AUGUAGCGACACAAAUGAUAUUCAUACACACGUAUACAUACAUCCGCCCUUUCGAAUCACUCGCUCCCAAUUUGUAGCAAAAGUUCUAUUUUCAGAUGAUUCACUAUCAAAACUGUUGACAAUAUAAUAUCAAAUUACUGGUUUAACAAUUCUAAUUUCUCACAGUAAUGGAAAGAUUCCAUGGUGGUGGUGGUAUGCAUGGUACGAGAGGUGAAAGAACUCCACUUCUUAACAGGAAUGGUUUGAGGAGAAACGAUGAUCAGGGGGAUCUUGAACUUGGAGAUGCAGUGCCGGCUGCUAAUGUGAGCUAUGUCAGAGUGCUUGCUUUGGCAAAACCCGAGGCGGGGAGAUUGAUUAUUGGUACUAUAGCGUUGUUGAUUGCGUCUACAUCGAGUAUACUGAUUCCACGGUUUGGCGGGACGAUAAUCGAUAUCGUUUCGGGUGAUCUCCAAACGCCUGAACAGAAGAGUGAAGCUGUAAGCAAAGUCAAUAGAACCAUUCUUGGAAUCUUCUUGAUUGUCAUUAUCGGUUCCAUCUGCACAGCACUUCGAGCAUGGUUAUUUUCUUCUGCAAGUGAAAGAAUCGUUGCUACAUUGCGAAAGAACCUGUUCACACACCUCAUCAAUCAAGAAAUAGCCUUCUUCGAUGUUACACGAACAGGAGAGCUUCUUAGCAGGCUUUCUGAAGAUACCCAAAUCAUUAAAAACGCUGCAACUUCAAAUGUUUCCGAGAUUCUCCGGAAUCUUUCUACUGCGUUCAUCGGUCUCGGGUUCAUGUUUGCUACAUCGUGGAAGCUAACAUUAUUGGCUUUGGUUGUUGUUCCGUUCAUUUCAAUUGUUGUACGACAAGUUGGACGUUAUCUUCGUGAAGUUUCCCACAAGACUCAAGCUGCUGCUGCCGUUGCUUCUUCAAUUGCUGAGGAAUCCUUUGGUGCAGUACGCACUGUGAGAUCUUUUGCUCAAGAGAACUACGAGAUUUCACGCUACUCAGAGAAAGUCGACGAGACGCUAAAACUUGGACUUCAGUAUGCUAAAGUCGUCGGUUUAUUCUUUGGAGGUCUGAAUGCAUCAUCAACACUAUCGGUUAUCGUGGUAGUGAUAUACGGAGCUAAUCUAACAAUCGCAGGUUCUAUGACUGCGGGAAAUCUUACGUCGUUCAUUCUUUAUAGCCUCACUGUUGGAACCUCGGUUUCCGGGCUGUCUAGCAUUUACACGGUGGCAAUGAAAGCUGCAGGAGCAAGUAGGAGAGUAUUUCAGCUUCUUGAUCGUGAAUCUUCGAUGCCAGAAUCAGGAAAGAAGUGUCCUAUGGGUGAUGACAAUGCGGAAGUGGAGUUGGAUGAUGUCUGGUUCGCGUAUCCUUCGCGUCCUCGUCAUAUGGUGCUCGAGGGUAUAAAUUUGAAACUGUAUCCGGGUUCAAAGGUCGCACUUGUUGGUCCUAGUGGUGGUGGAAAGACCACCAUAGCAAAUCUGAUUGAAAGAUUUUAUGAUCCCGUUAAAGGUAGAAUUUUGAUAAACGGAGUUCCGUUAGUAGAGAUAUCACAUGAACAUCUACACAAAAGGAUCAGCAUAGUGAGCCAGGAACCUGUACUUUUCAAUUGUUCAAUUGAAGAGAACAUCGCUUAUGGACUUGAUGGAAAAGCAAGUGAAGAAGAGAUUGAAAAAGCAGCCAAAAUGGCGAAUGCGCAUGAUUUUAUAUCAAAAUUCCCCGAAAAAUAUAAAACGUUUGUUGGAGAGCGUGGAGUGAGGCUUUCCGGAGGUCAAAAACAGAGAGUAGCGAUUGCACGAGCUCUAUUGAUGAACCCCAAGAUUCUUCUUUUAGAUGAAGCUACUAGUGCUUUGGAUGCCGAAAGCGAGUACUUGGUUCAGGAUGCUAUGGAAUCUUUAAUGAAGGGAAGAACGGUUUUGGUGAUCGCACAUAGGCUUUCAACCGUACAAAGUGCAGAUACUGUGGCGGUCGUAUCGGAUGGAAAGAUAGUUGAACAGGGAACCCACGACGAUCUCCUAAGUAAGGAUGGGAUUUAUACCGCGUUAGUGAAGAGGCAGAUACAAGGGGCUAAAGCCGAACUUUAACUAAUCUGCAAAAUUGAAUAAGAUACGCUUUUGAUAAGUUGAUAGAUAUCGAGUUUUCGUUCAAUUUACGAGUUUGAUGUAUGGGUUACACUCUUGCUUAAUCAAGCAAUGAUACUGAUCUAAAAUAGAUAUUGAGUUUUCACAACUUUUUUAUAGA